AUGAUGACGUGUCGGCUGGGAUCGCGGCGGCUGGGCGGGUCGCGCGGCUCGCUGCAGGGUGGCACCGCGUGCUCUGCCGCCAGUGAGCUUGAUCUUUCGUCGCGCUCAAGACGCUCACAUAAAGCAAGGUUAAAAUUGCUGGGUGCAAGUGGCGAGGCGCCACUACUGAGCGGCUGGCGCAGCACGCCGCACACGCCCGCCACGCCCGCACCGCACCACUCCCACAAUCACCUCGCUACACCGCAUUGUAACGGCACUGACAGCGGGAGCAGGGGAGGCCUUCGCCGACGGUCGACGUACGCCAGCGGGCGGCUACGCUCUGGUCCGCACUGGUCCUUCGUGUUCGACCCGGCCGGCCGCUUGUGCUAUUACUGGUCCAUGGUAGUCUCACUCGCCUUCCUUUACAACCUUUGGGUCAUCGUCUAUAGGUUCGCUUUCCAAGAAAUCAAUGGAGAGACGCUCAUAGUUUGGUUCUGCUUGGAUUAUUUCUCGGAUUUUCUAUAUUUGGCGGACAUAUUGUUUCACUUCCGGACGGGAUAUUUAGAAGAUGGGGUUUUACAAACGGACGCUGCGAAAUUAAGGGCUCAUUAUAUGAAUUCUACAACAUUCUACAUAGACUGUCUCUGUUUAUUGCCUUUGGACUUUCUCUACCUGUCUAUAGGCUUCAACUCUAUCCUACGCUCCUUUAGACUGGUGAAGAUCUAUCGUUUCUGGGCAUUCAUGGACCGCACCGAGCGGCAUACGAACUAUCCUAAUCUGUUUAGAUCGACAAGUUUAAUUCAUUAUUUGUUAGUGAUAUUUCAUUGGAACGGGUGCUUGUACCAUAUUAUAUAUAAAAACAAUGGGUUUGGUAGUAAAAAUUGGGUGUAUCAUGACACAGAGACUGCGGAUGUAGUGAAACAGUAUCUACAAAGUUAUUAUUGGUGCACGCUGGCGCUUACAACGAUAGGUGACUUGCCUCGACCACGGAGUAAAGGGGAGUACGUGUUUGUGAUUGCCCAGCUAUUGUUCGGACUGCUGCUCUUUGCCACGGUGCUGGGGCACGUCGCGAACAUUGUCACAUCCGUCAGUACCGCCAGAAAAGAGUUUCAGGCUAAACUUGAUGGAGUGAAGACGUACAUGAGGAUGCGAAGGGUGCCAAAUCAUUUGCAAGUAAAGGUAAUCAAGUGGUUUGACUACCUGUGGCUGACACAGAAGUGCUCCGACGAGGAGAAGGCGGUAUCGUGCCUCCCUGAUAAGCUGAAGGCGGAAAUUGCUAUCAAUGUCCAUCUUGAUACUUUGAAGAGGGUGGAGAUCUUUCAAAACACGGAGGCUGGAUUCCUGUGCGAGCUUGUUCUGAGACUUCGGCCAGUCUUAUUUUCACCUGGAGAUUUUAUCUGCAGGAAAGGUGAAGUUGGCAAGGAGAUGUAUAUAGUCAACCGAGGCAAACUGCAGGUGGUCGGAGAUAACGGAAAAACAGUGUUAGCGACACUCAAGGCGGGUUCUUAUUUUGGCGAAAUUUCCAUUCUGAACAUGGGCACAGCAGGUAAACAACUUGGCAACCGGCGGACAGCGUCAGUGCGCUCCGUUGGAUACUCGGAUCUGUUCGUGCUCAGCAAGAAGGACAUGUGGGACGUCCUCAAGGAGUAUCCUGCUGCUAGAGUCCGCCUUGAAGCAAUAGCCGUCAAGAGACUUGAGAAAUAUAAAAAGGCACCUCUUGAAAAAGUGGCAAUGGGACGGUGCCAUUCUACGCCAGGAUUAGUAGAGAGAAGCGGGCGCGUGCCCAUUGAGGAGAUGCAGCUCCCGCCCAUGGCGAUACCUCCACCGAUACUCUCCUCACACCCGCCUUCCUACCGGGACCAGCUAUAUAGUUCUUCAGUAAGCCCCCUUCGUGUAGCGUCUCCUGUAGCAUCAUGCGCGUCUAGUGCCCGCAGUAGCGCGGCGGGCGGCGGCAGCGUGGCGGCGGUUUCUUCUACGUCACGAGUCACGCACGAGACGCACGAAUCACUCGAGUGCGAGAUAAAAAGACUGCGCGAACGGCUCUACACCGUCGAGACAGAAAACGCUGCCAUGUCCGCUAAACUCAACCAACAACAAUGGGAAGUUGACCAGAGGUUGCAAGAGAUUGAAAUGCAAAUCUGCGGUGGUAGCUCCCUAAGUUCGCAUGAGGACAACGAGAGAAAUCGCGAGAGCAUCAUU